UGGCGGGGCGGGGCGUGCGGCGCGCGGCUGUCGAGCACGGGGCCGCGGGAGGAGCAGGAUGGCGGCGGCCGCGGGCGAGGCGCGCCGGGUGCUGGUGUACGGCGGCCGGGGCGCGCUGGGCUCCCGCUGCGUGCACGCAUUCCGGGCCUGCAACUGGUGGGUUGCCAGCAUCGACAUCGGGGAGAAUGAAGAGGCCAGUGCUAGUGUCGUCGUUAAGAUGACAGACUCAUUUACUGAGCAGGCUGACCAGGUGGCUGCUGAGGUCGGAAAGCUAUUGGGUGAAGAGAAGGUGGACGCGAUCGUUUGUGUGGCUGGAGGAUGGGCUGGGGGCAGUGCCAAGUCCAAGUCUCUCUUUAAAAACUGUGACCUGAUGUGGAAGCAGAGCGUGUGGACGUCGACCAUCUCCAGCUACCUGGCCGCCAAGCACCUCAAGGAAGGAGGCCUCCUGACCUUGACUGGGGCCAAGGCCGCCCUGGAGGGGACUCCUGGGAUGAUGGGCUACGGCAUGGCCAAGAGUGCCGUGCAUCAGCUCUGCCAGAGCCUCGCCAGCAAGAACAGCGGCAUGCCGUCCGGGUCUACAGCCGUCGCCGUGCUCCCGGUUACCCUGGAUACCCCGGUGAACAGGAAGUCGAUGCCAGAUGCCGACUUCCGCUCCUGGACGCCCUUAGAGUUUCUAGUCGAAACCUUCCAUGACUGGAUCACAGAGAAAAACCGACCAAGGUCAGGGAGCCUAAUCCAGGUGGUAACCACAGAGGGAAAGACGGAGCUUAUCCCGGCAUACUUUUAAGCUUCAUCCUCAGUUCCUGCUGGGGACCUGCCAGAAAAGUCGUUAAUCUGUCUCAGUGUGGCUGUGUCUGGCCCUGUAUCUUCUGCAAUUCUAUUCGUGGUACGAGAUAGUGGGUCCUAUUUUUCUCUCACCUAAUGUGCAUUUGUUCUCCUAGGACAGUGUAAAAUGUUUAUGUGAAAUAAAAAUGUCUGAGAGUGGAGGCCUGCAGAUAGCGCCAUGAAUCUGUGUUAACUACGUAAAUUUAGGAGGUCCCUGAACGGCCCCCUCUGUAUGGGCGUCAUCUUGAAUUGCUUUUGAGACUCCGUUUAUCUGUCCCUGACAGUGACUGUCGACUACUUUAGAGAUUUGUUGGUGUCGGGGACGUUUUGGGGCCUGACUUAUUGUGAAUGUUAUGUUCACGUCACAGUUUUUGUAGUCUCGAAUUAAACUGCCUUAAAACUCUUUGUGGUGUAAGCAAAACCCCGUGGGCUCCGUUAAGAUAUCUUUCUCCUGUGCAGUUGCCAAGUGUGCAAGAGAACUGCUUGUGGUUAUUUGCAGUUUGUCUUCCUAAUAAAUGGCCUUCGUUUA